CUUUCCAAUCAGUUUGCAGAAAUCAAUCGCAGACGCACAAUGUGCUGCAAUUGCUGCAGUGUCCGCCAACAGAAGAUCUGGGUCUUCAGCCUGGGUGGCCUGAUCCUGGUCUUUGGGAUUUUCCUGGCCACAGCCUGGCCGGCCGUAUACCGUCCGUGGCUUCGCAGUAUCAUGCCCCUGUCGCCAGGCUCCUUCAUUUACAAGCGCUGGGUCACCACGCCAGUGCCCUUGUACAGCUCGAUUUACUUAUUCAACUGGACCAAUCCGGAGGAUUUGGACACCGUGGGCGUGAAGCCCAACUUUGAGCAGCUCGGGCCGUACGUUUUCAGCGACUACAAGGUCAAGGAGGAUUUGGUGUGGCAGCAGCCGGAGGUGACUUAUUACGGCAAGCGCACUUGGCACUUUCUGCCCGACAAAUCCAAUGGCUCACUCGACGACGUGGUGGUGGCUCCGCACUUUGUGUCUUUGACAGCUGCCUCGUACUCACGCCAAUUCCGACAUAUCCUGCGCAAGGUUAUGAACUUUACCCUCAGUCGCGAGGGCGGUGACAGCAAGAUGACCCACACAGCCGGCGAGUGGCUCUUUGAUGGCUACUACGAGAGCCUGCUGGACUUUGUGGAGCAGCUCCACUCGCCACUGCUCCCGAUUUACGACAGCAACUUCAGCUGGUUCUACGAGCGGAACAACUCCAAGACCGCCGAGGGAAACUUCACAGUGCACACCGGCCACGGAGAUCUGAGCCAGUUGGGCGACAUUAUGCUCUGGAAGGGGGAGAACCAUACUGGCUUCUAUCCCGGCGAGUGCGGAAAAGUCAAUGGCAGUACCGGAGAGUUGUGGUCCCCGGAUCGCCGAUGGGAUCAGCCCACCACCAUUUUCCUGCCGGACGCGGCGCGCUUCUUGAACCUGUUUCCUCGGGAAAACCUAACCAUCGACGGCGUAGAUUUUUGGCGGUAUGAGUCCACCAAUCGCACCCUUGACAAUGGGCAACUGUCGCCGGACACCAAGUGCUUUUGUCUCGAGAAUCGGGAGUGCCCUCGCAAUGGAGUCCUGGAUUACGGACCGCCAGCCUUUAACGGACCAUUCUACAUGUCCCAUCCGCACUUUUAUCUCACCGAUGAGCUGUACCGGGAGAACACCACAGGACUGAGUCCGAACGCCUCGGAGCACGGCAUGCAUGUGAUUAUGGAGCCGACCCUGGGCAUUCCCCUCGACCUGAGGGGCCAGCUGAUGAUAAGCGUGCGAGUGCAACGGGACGAAGCCAUUGACUUUUUCCAAAAUGUUUCUUAUGAUCAUUAUGCUCCUCUAUUUACGAUGCGAAUGCAUGGGGAACUGGACGAGGACCUGACCAAAUUGCUGAAGCUUGCUUUGAAUGCACCACUCAUUGGCCAGCUUAUUGGAAUCGGAUUACUUUUGAUCGGCAUUAUAAUAAUCUUAACAGGUGUUUUUGUCACAAAGAAUCAAAAGUGGUACCACCAACACCGAAGCACAGAGGAUACCAGUCGUAAAGCAAAUUUGGCUGGCAAAUGAUUCAAAUGCACUCAAGCCGAUAAGAAAGCCAAAGCAACAAAGCAGUAAUCUCCCUAAUCAUUGGAUUUUUUUAGGCCUUUUUUUAAAGCUGUUAUCGUCUUUAAAGGCCGGGCCAUAAAAAAUGCAAACUACGUGCUCGACUGGAUUAUCCAAUUUCGUUCAGGUGUUGCCCAGCUGUGGGAAUCUAGAAUUACACAAAAUUAUGGCCUUUCAAAUAUGCUAAAAUUUAUUAAUAUGUUAAUAAUUGUUUUUUGUUGUUCGUUCGUGAGGCUAGAAUCCUUGGGCACGUAAGCUGAAUACAUACUUUAUGGCGUACGAACUCUUUCACCACAAAAAGCAAAGCAAAAGCAGAAGCAACAGCAAAGCAAAGGCAACCGCCUCGGCAAGAAAGGCAGCAAAUACCAAACUGGAAAUUUGAAAAAUGCCAAAAGAAUAUUAUAAGCGACUAAUUUAUAUGCACCAAGCACGCAAACUUACGUUUUGCACACACAUUGUUGGUUGCCCAUCGAAAGGACGAAGGAACAAGUUAAACAAUGUAUGAAAAUAUGAAAAUUAUAUGACUGGCAGUAUGUGUCGGCCAUAACUUUAACGAAAUAUUUGUGCUAGGUAGUAGGUAUUUUUGGAUAAUAAAUACUUGGAAAAGCUAUUCUAAAAUUAAACUAAAUGUUGGAAUAUUUUGUGGAAUAGAAAGAGUACCAUUUGCAGUUUAAAAACCUCAUAGAAUUAAAUAAAUUGGAUUUUU